AAGAAGUCGAAACGACAUGAUUUGACACUUGUCAACUUAAAACAAUCUAUCAAAAUGGCAAAAAUUUACUUCCUCGCAUUCCUUGCUCUUCUCGUCUUCGUUGCCGUCUCGGCACAAGAACAAGAACAAGAACAAUUAAAAGGAACUGUACUAGAUCUUCAACUUGAAAACCCCGAAGAAUAUGGUUGGCCUUGCUCAGCCGGUGGAAACUCUUUGUGCACAAGAGUUUGUAGAACUCUAGGCAGAACGCUCGGAGUUUGUAACAAGGCGGGUACAUGUGUAUGCUUCUGAAAUGUGAUCGAAAACAAUGGAUAACUACGAUAAAUUAACAACCAACUGGACCUUAUAAAUUCUCAAUAACAGUACUUUAAUUUGUAAUAACCCUUCUAACAAUAAAUUCCUAGAACAUUGAAACUUUA